GAAUUCCAAUGGCAGAUUCGGAGUGGCCGACGAACUCUGCGCCGGAGCACUCCACUCCGGCGGAGGGUAACCGAAGGAAAUCUGCCAAUGGAACACAGGCGCUCCCUCCGGAGCAAAUGGUAGGGGGCGCUAGCGCACAUCCGCUUCCGGAAGCGCCCAGCAUUCCUUGCGUUUCGCGCUGUUUUCCCCAACCUGUUCGGCAUGAACUCGCGCGCGAGGUGUACGUGAAAAGAAGUUCCGUUUUGAAUUUUUGCUUCCUUUUUGAAUUUUUGCUUCCUGUGUUCCGAUGGAAGUCACACCGCGUGCAAGUGUCCUCCUCUUGUCGAUGGUGAACCGGGCACGUACCGACGCGGAAGUCUCAGAUCCUGGAAGCAGUGUGGACGAUCUACAGCAGCAUGGAGCCACGGGACCAAGCCAGAGGACCAGCCGCCGCAGUGCAGCUUGCGAAUGGACGGAGGGCGAAACGAAAUUGAUGCUUGAUUAUUAUGAGCAAUAUUUCCCCCAGGUGGGACCCAUGAAGAAAUUUAGAAAUAAAAAGGAAAUGUUUGGCCGCAUCGCGGAAACCCUCAAUAAAACAAUGGGCAUAACGAGGACCGGAGAACAAUGCUGCAGUCGCUCUAAGACUCGAUGUGCCAUACGACGAGGAGCUGGCCAAGAUAGCUGCUCUAACCGACAGCGUUGA